GAGGCUGUCAGACCACCAGAGACAGGUUUCAUGUGGUUCAUGGACUGGUUCACCCUGAUCUUCUGGACGAUCAACAUGCCAGCGUCGCUGAUGGUGGCAUUUUCUGAGGAAGGCUUGCUCGUGGUGGAACCGCAUAGAAUUGCGAAGAGGUAUUUCAGGACAUGGUUUGCGCUCGACCUGGUGGUGGUGAUACAUGAUUGGGUCUUUACCUUUGCCAGAGAGUUUUCGUCGGACGGAAACAGCUCUGCACAGCAGUCGGUGACCCUCCUCAGGGCCUUGCGGUUGGUACGGCUGGUUCGGCUGCUGAGGCUUCUCAAGCUUCGCCGCAUGUUUGCGACGGUCAACGACCUGAUAAAUUCCGAGUACGUCAGCAUUAUUGUGAGCAUCGUGAAGAUGAUGGGGAUACUUCUCGUGAUCAACCACCUGCUUUGCUGCAUGUGGUACGCCCUGGCCGACAACAUGAGCAAGGACGAGACGACGUGGGUCGAGGCCCACGGCUUCGAGGGCGCAAGCUGGGAGUACUUGUCCAGUGCGCUUCGCGCCAGCCCCCCGGGACAGCGAGGAAGAAUGAAAGGCUCCGUCGUCAGGUACUGGUGGACUUCCUGCCCGCCUGGAGGAGCCGUCCCUUAUUCGCAUGUCUUGCCGCCGCCGCCACCAGCUGGCCGAUCGGGGGAAGCUCGGGCCAUGGCCGAGGCCAUCCAGGCUUCCCUCCGCCCACUGCUCGAUAAGAUCAGCUCAAAGGUCGAGAACAUCAACCUGACGCACACAACUAUGGACUUGAAGAUACAUGCCACCAAUUCCAGGAUGGAUGCUAUCAACCACCGCCUGGGCCGCACAGACACGGCGGUUGUCGACUUGACAGUCGACAACCCUGUGAGCGAGCGCACCAUGGGACGACGUACCUCGGCUGCCCGCAACGCGCUCAUCACGGAGAACAAAGACACCCUCGGUGAUCAGCCCACGAAGGAGACCCUCAUCAGCGCGGCGCCGAGCGACUGGGGCGCGGGCAUCGUGAGCGAUCCUGCGAAAGACGGCCAGGUCACCAGGAUCUACGAGGGGUCAAAGCGGGGCGGGGCGGCGGCGGAGACGCCGCGCAAAUCACCAGAGCAGGCGCUGGAACGCGCCGCCGAGACGUUUAAGCGCCGCCCGUUGAGCACCGAGGGUGAGGAGGAGGACCGCUACCAACUUGAUCACGCAGUUCAGACGGGCCAGCCAUCUACAAACCACGAGUGGGAGAGACCCCGCGCGAGUGACCCCGCAGGCUUUACAUGUUUGGGGAUGCCAGGUUUCUUCGACAACAGGAACGGAGCCUUGGACGCGUCCGACCAGGACCAGGACACGCAUUGGAAAAACGGGCAAGCUGUCCCGCGCAAUGUGUUAUCACGUAAUUUGGCCACGAAGUUUAACGAGAUUGGCGUAGACGCGGAGCUCACUGAUAUCCACGCCGUCGCCGGAAAAUUCGACGAGGCGCUAUCGACCAGGGCGCUCGGCACCCCGCGCGGUAGAUGGGAGCCGCUCGAUGAAUCGUUUUCCGAAUUAUCCAUGCUGCUGCACGCCUCGUUGCCCAGCCGCCUCUGCUGCGAUGGCGCGGCCCUUCGUGCCAGCGUGGGCGCCCAACGCAUGGCACCCCCCACGGACGGCGCGGAAGGCGAAAGCGACAUUCACGGGGGUCAGCUCGCCGAGCAGAUCGAGAGCAUCGGCGUCGAGCAGGAAGGCAUGGAGGCCCAGCCUGGCCUCACGGACGAGGAGACGCUGCUGCUGGUGCAGUCCGUCAGGGCGGGCCUGGUGGCCGAGGUCCCCGUGGCGGAGCCUCCCGCCGACCAGAAGGGCGAGCUCCAGGAGCUCCGGGGCGCCAGGAUCUCUGCCGUCGAAGAGGUUUGGGUGAAGAACGGCAGGCGGGCGGUGGUCGCGCGGCUGUAUGGUACAGACUCCAGGGCCGCAUACGCUGCGGGCAGCACCAGCCCGCGCACGAGCUGGCCCGUGGCGCCGCGCGCCGCGAGGAUCGAGAGCGUCGGGCAGGAGGGCGGCGAACACCGGGCGCGGGGCGCCAAGCAGACGCGCGGCGGCCGCGAGGAGCCGAGGCUGCGAGAGGCGGCCAGCGCGAUCGCCAUGCUGAGAGGCCUGCGGCAGGCGCUGAUGGCGACGGCCUCACACCUCUUCCAGGACGCCCUCCGCGGGCCCUCGGCCGGCCCAGCCGUGCUCCACAGCGUCAGGCUCGGGCUCCCAGCGAUGGGCCACGCUGGCAGAGGCCAGGCCCCCGCCCUGGCGGCCCUCUUCCCACUGGCGAGCCGCUCCGGAGCCGCAUGGGCCCUCGCCGCGGAGCUCUCCAUCCGCAUCCAGAAGUACCUGGAGCACAUGUGGCAGGCGAUGCAGGAAAGCAAGCCGGUGAAGGACGUCAGGCUCAUUCAGCUGCUGUCCGAGCAGUUGAACUCUGAGCUGAAGUACGAGCUCGCCCUGCACCAGUUGAGGAUCCACCCCCUCUUCUCGGAGCUCUGCGAGAUCUCCAGCGUCACCGUGCACCGCCUGGCCAACCACGCCCUCUCCCACAAGCUCCUCUGCGAGGGGGACACCUUGUUCCAUGCUGGAGAGGUCGCUACACACAUGUACAUCGUCGUGAAGGGCCGGUGCGGGGGAAACAACAAUUUUGGGCGGAUCGCGACCACCACCCCAUGCAUUACCUCCCCAUCCUCUGGCACCCUCGCAUGA